AUGGGUUGUGGAAUCUCAAAAAAAGCUUUGAAAGACGUAAGCCCUGCAAAGCCUCAUCAAGAAGAAGUCAAAUUAUCACAUAAUACAGGCUCCUCUAACACUCCCGCAAACAAAAAGACUGAACCUUCUGCAGCUGGACCUCAAAACAAGACAACCCCAUCUGUAACUUCCUCAAAAUCAAACCCUAUCAGUCCUCAAGUAAAAGCUCAAGAACCUCAGCAAAAAUCUGCGAAAGAAGAAAAACCGCUGGAACCAGCUAAAAAGGCUGAUCCUUCCCCUUCCCCUCAAAAAGCCCGUGAAAAUCCCAAAGUACCACUCCCAGAAAAUAGCCCAGAACCACAAAAAAAAACUCAAGAAAUUCCAAAACCUGAAUCCAAAGAACCCCAUAAUGAACCUGAAAAGCAAAUCAAAGAGCCUGAGUUAGCUGCACAACCAGUUUCAAAGCACUCAAAAAAUAAAGAAGAAAAUAAGCUUCCUGCAGAAGGCCAAGCUGGAGGCCACGCAGGAACACUUAUUUUUGAAGGUAAUAAGCUACUAAAGAAGGCUAAAAAAGGAGAAUUUGACUUCUUUGAAUGACUUUACAGCGCGUCUCAAAACGAUCCUUUAAUGAUUGAGAUGAGAAAGUAUGCGCCUCAGUAUUAUGGAGCAGAGGAAAGGAACGGAGAAAGAUAUAUCUCAAUGGAAAACCUAUUAACAGACUAUCUAAAUCCAAGUAUCAUGGAUUGCAAGCUGGGAAGAAUUACAUGGACUCCUCACCAUACAGAAGAGACCAAAAAGAACCAAGAAGCUAAAAAUAAAGGGACAACGACAGGAUCUUUGGGGUUCAGGAUUUCUGGAGUUGUAGUAAAAGAUGAAGAAGGCAAGAAAGUUGAAUCCUGGGCCAAAAAUGAAGGGUUUUUUGGAAUCAAUGAAAAUAACAUCCAUGAACAAUUCGCUAAAAUAGUGACUAGCAAGGGAGAAGUUAAUAAGGACGCAAUUGAAGCAUUUAUUGAGGGGACCAAAAGAAUUUUGGAUUGGUUUCAAAGACAAAAAGUAAAGCACUUUGUGGCAAGCUCAGUGUUUUAUGUAUGCGGUAAAAACAAAAAAUACCAGGUAAGAUAUAUUGAUUUUGCUCAUGCUAUGGAUGCGAAUGGAGUAGAAGAUGCCAAUGUAAUCGAAGGCUUACAAAAUGUGAUCAAAAUAUGGGAAAGAUUAAGAGGGCUGACUGUUCAUAAUAAAAUGGCGUCUCAGCCUGGGAUUACCUGCCAGAUGCAGCCUCGAACACAUUUUAUUUAUAUCGGCAAGGUUUUGCCAGCCCAAAAAGGGGCAGCAGUGCUAGGUAAGCAAUCCUGGUAAUGUAAAGUGCAUAGCCCUAGUCCGAUUUCUGGAUUGCAUUUUACUCCGAGGAAAAAGAGAAGCCCAGCAGUGUUUACAGGUAAGCUAGACUACUAAUUGGACAACUUCCUAGUUUUAACUGGGAGUUAUUUGAAAUUUUCAUUUUUGUCGAAUUUCGGCCAAAGAUUCCAUUUUUUUGAUUUUUGUUUGGGCAACCUUCAUCUAGCCUAAUCAGCAUGUCGCAGAAAUUCAUAGCCUUCCUACUCAACACUGCAGCUGUCAAUUCAAGAAGGAGAAAAAGAGAUAGAGCUCUACUUCCCAAGUGUCAUGGCGUCAGGCGGUGAAGCGGAAAAGUGGUGUCCGAGACUUAACUCGUCAGAUGAAUCACAUCAAACUCAAACGAAUUCUUCCUAUCGUCACAAAGAGGAUGAACCGCCCUGGAGAUCCUUGGUGACUGCGCUGCCAAUAUGCGAGCAAGCCAAGACCUGUAAUUUAAGUUUAAGUUGAGAGGACCGGCUGCUCAAGAGGCAACCGAUAUAGUUGCUGGGCACAAAGAUAGGUUUAUUUUUAGAGGUGAUAAAUUAUUAAAAGCAACAAGCAAAAAUGAAAUUGACUUUUACAAAGAAGUCUAUAACGAGAAUUGCCAUGAUCAACAAUUGAUUGAGCUGAGAAAAUUCCUUCCGAAGUUCUAUGGAGUGGAAGCUAUUUCAAACAAAAAUUAUAUUGUCAUCGAAAAUUUGUUAUUCCAGUGCCACAAUCCAAGCAUUUUAGAUUGCAAAAUCGGGAAAAUCACAUGGGCACCGACACAUAGUAUUGAAAAGCAGCGAAGGAAGCAAAAUAAAGCUGUAACUUCUACCUCUGGCACGCUUAGCUGGAAGAUUUCAGGGAUUUUGGUUAGGAAUGGAGAAGCGAUUGCAGAAGCCUGAAAUAAAGACCAAGGAUAUUCUCACGUAAAUCAAGAUAAUGCAUUUGAGCAGCUUGCCAAAUUAGCUAGAAAAGAGGAUUCUUACUGCAAGGAAAUCUUAAAUUCUCUUCUUUCUGAAACUCAGAGCCUCAGAGAUUGAUUCAAAGCUCAACACUCAAAACUAUUCUUCACAAGCUCAGUGCUUUAUGUUGUGAGUCCUCACAAAAUCCAAGUGAAAUUAAUUGAUUUUGAGUACAUUUUCAAUUCUUCAGGAAAGCCAGAUAACAGUAAUUUUUAUUUAGAUUGCAUCAAAGGAUUAACAAAUCUCGCAGAAAGCUGAAAUAGAGCCAUCCUUUUUCAUCAGCCAAGACUAAGGCCAUGCCGAAGCCCUUAUGAAGUAAAUCUCGAGCAAUCAAGGCCAUAUUAUUACUGUGACUGUGGAAGAUCUAAAAAGCAGCCAUUCUGCGAUGGUUCACACCAAGGCACUCAAUUUCUGCCUGUCGGUUUUAUGGCAGCAGAAACGAAAACCUACUAUUUGUGUGGGUGCAAGCAUACUAAGAAUAAGCCAUUCUGUGAUGGAACUCACAACACUAUAGAGUGGUAA